CGUGACGCUUCCAGGCCAGGCUUUUUGAUGCUUUUCGUCCCUGCAAAGACGCCGUACUUGAUCAAUGUGGAGCGCACAGUAGGAUUUGGUUUGUUUUUGUCUUGUUCGAAAGAGGAGGACAUCGCUGUUUCGCUAAUGCAAUUUAAAAGGUGACAUCUUCUUGCUGGUUUGAACGCAUAACCCUGCACCAUGGGGAGGAGAUACUACUGUGACUACUGCGACCGGUCCUUUCAGGACAACAUGCAUAACAGGAAGAAACAUCUGAAUGGGGUUCAGCAUCACAGAGCUAAAAAGGCCUGGUUUGACCAUUUCAGAGACUCUUCAGCCAUUCUGCAUGAUGAGCAAACAAAGAAACCUUGCAGGAAGUUUCUCCAAAAAGGAAUUUGUGAUUUUGGCCCCAACUGCAGGUUUUCUCACAUGUCUGAAGAGGAUCUGUUUAAUUUAAAAAGACAGGUGGAAGAUGAAAGGCAGCUCAGAGAGGACUUUGUAGACAGACUCAUGCCUGGGAGAAGUGUCGAAGAAUGGCUCGCUAGAAGGGAAAAGAAGAAAACGUCCCAAAGCACCAAUGGAGGUCCAAAAACUAAGGAAGACAGUGAAGAAAGCCAAGCAGAAAGUGACAUACCUCAACAGCUCCUCUCCAUUCCCGACCUUCCACCCUCUCUUCUACCUCCUCCUCCAGGCGGAUGGAAAGUCAAAGUGAACACAGAAUGGGGCUAAAAGAUAUUCCCUUUGUGGUUCAAAUCACUGCUAAGUGGGUGCAUGACAUUAAUAGAAGGAUGGUGCAGAAUAUGUAUUUAAAAGAUGUUAUUAAAAGAUUGUGUCACGUUCAUAUUUGAAGUAACUAGAAUCGUCCGUUUGAGAAGAGGUUUUCAGUUAAUACUAAAAAGCUGUUUGUUGCCAUUUCUCAUUUAAAACAAUGGGAGAAAAAUACAUGUUUUAUAUGCCAUAUACUAUAUGUCAUGUUUGCUUUAUUUAGAAGCGCUAUUAAUUUAUUACAUUUUACUGAAGAUGUCAAGUUUCUUGUGUAAGAAUCGUCCAUACAGACAAUGCAAAAUAUCCUUCAUAAUUGACAUUUGGCAGUGUGUUGUUGAUUGCUCCUCAAUCUCUCCAUCUGGAGUAAAGUGCCUUGAGAGUGUGACUCCUCUGAGAGGUUACAUUAGAUGUCACAAAGUCCAGAAAGGAGUGGAGGAUUGCUGAGCAGAUGGAAAUAAUUUUAUUUUUAUUUUAUUUUUUUAUCCUGUGUUGCAUUGCAGGGGGAAUCACUGAUAUGACUGGGUUUUAUUUGUAGCCCAGCCUCUGGAAAACACCCUUUUACUUCCCAAAUAGUAAAAGAUGACAAACUAAUGAUCUGGAUUAAAGGUUGUUAAUACGUCUUUAUGAAGCAGCCUCAUGCACAUCCCUUGGUUUUGUGACUAAUGUAUUUAUAAUUAUCAUUGGCCUUUUAAAGUCCUCAGUUAGGUUAUUCCUCUUAACUGGUGUUAUGCUGAGAUUUAUAUACUUUCAACCUUUUCCUGUUUUCUGUCAAUAGCCAUAUUUAAGUACUGAGCUUGUGGCUUUAUUUUUUUCUAUAGCCCUGUAAAUCACCCCCCUCUGUAGCAGUAAAUUCUAUUUAUUAAAUCUUCCAGUCCAUGUACAUUAAGGCAACAUUAGAUCUCUGAAGACUGUUCGGAUCCCUCCUGUGAAUCAUUUGCCCCCUCGCUUAAUUUGACAGUCAUGACUGAAUCACAAAGGUGUUUGCUGUAUAUUAAAGAAAAUGUAUGUUA